AAACAGAAAAUCGAAUGAGAAAAUUCGUGAAAAUCUUUUGAUCGCAUACAUUUUCAAUCAAACGCAGAGGGAGGGAAAUCGUUGACACGCAAAGUAUUUUCGUUUUUAAUAUAAUUUGUUAAUACAUUCUAAUAAAUCCGAAAAAAAUGGCUGAAAAUAAUAGUGAAAUUAUUCAAGAUUUAAACAAUAACGAAGAGGUUACAAAUGGAGGUGAAACCGCAGUAGAAGGAGCAACUGCUUCUGUCCACGAAAAUCAUGCAAAAAACGAUAAUGAGUUAUUGGAUAUGGUUUUCACAUUGGAAAGCGAAAAGCAGCAAUUGGUAGAGGAAUCACGUAAACGUAUGUCUGCUUUGCGCAAAGAUUUGGAGGAAGCUUUAGGUGAAAAUGAAAAACUCAAAAGGAAAGUCAAUCAAUUGGAACAAUCCCUAAAGCAGUCGGUAAUGUUGGGCGGUGUGGAUGCCCCCAAGACUCGACAAGAUCAAGAAGAGCUGUUGUUGAAAGCCAAAACAUUGCUCUUCGAAAAAACCAAAGUGAAUAAACAACAAGAACAUCAAAUUGCCACCAUGAAAACCCAGGUGGAUGCCAUGAAAGAUGUUGUACAGGUCACAAAGGAUAUGUUGAAUUUGAAAACUGCCGAAUGCAAUCACAUGCAGGAACGUUUAAAUAAAGCCCAGUUGUGGGUCAAAGCUGAGCAAGAUAAAUGUACCAUAUUGGAGAAGAAAUUGCAAAUUUCGAAAAAUGUCUACGAUAAAUUAAAGUCCGAACAUGAGCUUCAGACCAAGAUACAUCGUGAAUUGAAAUCGGUUUAUGAGGAAAAAGUGAAGUUGUUGAAUGAUACAAUAGAUAAAUUGAAAUAGAAAAUAAAUAUUUUUUUGCAAUUGGAAGAUAUGCGUGGUCAA